AUGUUUGGAAUCCAAAUAAAGACAAAAGAUACAGAGGUACAAAGGCCUAGUCCGAGACACGGCCUAUCUAUCGUACUCAAUCCCAGCUCAUCACUACGUUAUAACAUUUGGCACCCCGUGUGGAGAUCAGGAACAAAAAGCCGACAGAAGGGUUUAGAGGAAGAAGAGCUUGAAGAUGCAAAGAUGAGCAUAGAUACCUAUGAUGAACAGGAAGUUGAGGAUGAUUGGAGAAGAAAUGUGGAAGUUCCACAUGGAAGGGUUGCUCUAUCCGAUUAA